AUGUCUCGAGAGACUGGAAGUGAAACACAGCAGUCACAGAGUGCCCAGCAGUCACAGAGUGGUACCAGUUCCUCUUCCAGUGGGUCACAGAGCACUAGUCAGUCUUCCUUAAGUUCUGGGACUCUCAGUUCCUUGGACACUGUUCCCACUCAGGAGCUCCCGUCUAUUCCUGAGGAUCAGGAAUCUGAAGAGCUGGUUCCUCAGCCUUGGGGUCGACUCUUUGCACUUGGAAAAGGUUUCAUCAACUGUGACUGUGUGAAUGAGGAAUACUGGUUUGGGAGGGACAAAAGCUGUGAUUACAGUUUUUCUAAGCUGGGAUUGUCUGAGACUGGCUUCUACCAAAACUAUAGCAAGAAGCACUUCCGAAUUUUCAGGGAAAUUGGUCCAAAAAAUUCCUUUGUUGCCUACAUUGAAGACCAUAGUGCAAAUGGGACAUUUGUUAAUAGAGAGCUCGUUGGAAAAGGGAGAAGGCUGCCACUGACACACAACUCUGAAAUUGCAUUGUCUGUACAGACCAAUAAGGUUUUUGUAUUUUCUGAUCUUACGGUGGAUGAUCAGAUGAUGUUUCCUAAAGAAUUAAGAGAGAAAUAUAUCAUGUCAAAGACUUUGGGAAGUGGUGCCUGUGGAGAAGUCAAACUGGCAUUUGAGAAGAGCACGUGUAGCAAAGUCGCAGUGAAAAUCAUCAAUAAAAGGAAGUUUGUGGCCAGUGGCCUGACAGAGGUAAACCCAGCUUUAAAUAUCAAUACAGAAAUUGAAAUUUUGAAGAAAAUAGAUCAUCCUUGCUUAAUCAAGAUUAAAAAUUUCUUUGAAGCAGAGGAUUACUACAUUGUUUUGGAACUGAUGGAAGGAGGAGAAUUGUAUGACAGAGUGUCAAGGCCAAUCAAGAUGAAAGAAGAUACCUGCAAGUUGUACUUUUAUCAGAUGCUGCUGGCAGUAAAGUAUCUUCAUGACAAUGGAAUUAUACACCGAGAUCUAAAGCCAGAAAAUGUGCUACUUUCAUCUUCUGAAGAGAUAUGUCUUAUAAAGAUUACAGAUUUUGGACAAUCCAAGAUUCUUGGAGAAGCUUCUCUUAUGAAAACAUUAUGUGGUACUCCCAUGUAUCUUGCUCCUGAGGUUCUAAAUUCACUUGGGACUGCUGGAUACAGCCGAGCUGUGGACUGCUGGAGUUUAGGAGUUAUUCUUUUUGUAUGCUUGUGUGGAUAUCCACCAUUCAAUGAGCAAAAUACUCAACUCUCUCUGAAAGACCAAAUCACUCGUGGCAAAUACACGUUCAUCGCAAAAGAAUGGAAGCAUGUGUCAGACAUGGCUCUGGAUCUUGUGAAGAAGCUGUUAGUAGUGGAUCCAAGCAAACGUCUUACCACAGAGGAAGCCUUAGAGCAUCCUUGGCUUCAGGAUGAGGAUAUGAAAACUACAUUUCAUCAGCUACUUUCUCAGACAUGUAGCAAUAUGAAUCCACCAGAAACGUCAAAAAUGCCAACCACAGUGAGAAAGCGUCUCCAUGAAAAUGAGGAAGAAUAUGGCUCUGCUAAACGUGCUGUUCCUUCUACUUCGUUUCAGAAAAUGAGGUUAGGCAUGGAAAUAAUGCUUAGUCCUAAUAGAUGAAGAAGGAAUACUAAACUUGCUGAGCUUUUGCCUGCGACAGAGCAUUACCUGACACAGUGCUGCCCACAGACUUCUGAGGACACUUAGACUAUUUAGUUCAGAUGUAAAACUUCUGAUGGAGCUUGAGGUGCUCUGUGCUUCAGGUAAAGCUCCACAGUAAAUGCUGGACUGGCAGACUCACAGCAUUGUGCACUGGGAUGGGGCUGAUUGGC